GAUCUUUGUUUAGACAAUGACAAAAAUGAACAGACGUUUGAAUUACGGCAAAAUUCCGAAGGGUAAGAAACUAAACGGCGCCGUUGAAGUUGCACCCUUCCUUGUUAAACAAUUUUCACCUCUUCUUUCUCUCAAAAUUUCCUCAGUAACCGUCGCUCUCUCUCUCUGUGACAUACUGGUGCAUUGAAUGGAGCAGAGUAGUUGAAGAAAGUUUCCUGAAGCUGUAGCUGCGUUUGGUUUUGUUUAUAGGAAUCAAAAUGUUCUUCCAGCAUUUCCUGAUGAUUACAUUCAGAUGCCUGGUUGUCCUAAUCUCACGGACAACAACCACGGCUAAAUCUUUCUGAUUUAUGCCCUAAGCCGAUAAAACUUGAAAAAAAAAAAACAAGGAAAAAAAUGGCUGUUGCCGGUUUGCAUAACAAUGUCUCCCCUUUCAGUCCUUCCUUGUUUGUGGAGUCUCACGCGUCGGAACACAGCACCCGGGCUUCUUCUCUCUUGCAAAUGUGGCGAGAGCUCGAGGGAGACCAUGAGGUGACCCGUUCUCCUACCUCAACAACACAGAGAAAUGACUCAGAUUCGGGCUUAAGUACCUCUGUUUCCGAAAAUGCCCUUGGAAGUGAUAGCAGCAUUAUAUCUGAACAGUCAACCGAGCUCGGAGAAAACGAGCGCGAGCGGGUGAGACAUAUUUUUCGAGGGUGGAUGAAUAGUGGGUCCGCAAGCCAUUCCCAGCCGAAUAGCCGAGAGUGGCUUGGCGAGAAUGAGUGUGAAAGGGUGAGAAUUAUCCGUGACUGGGUGCAUACAAAUGUUCAGCAGAGAAGCAAUGUGGAAGGUUGUGAAUCCAGUUCUCAUAUUGAGCAGGUUCGUGAUGGAUUAGCAGUCGUUAAUUCAGAGAUUUGUGGAAGAAGGCCUGUUCGGAGAAUAUGCGGUAGACAGACUCUUAUCGAUCUUCUCUUGAGGGCUCAGUCUGAACGAAGGAAAGAACUUCAGGGUUUGUCUGAGCAGAAGCCGGUUUCGGGGUUUGUCCACCGCAAUCGCAUCCAGGCUUUACUCAGAGGAAGGUUCUUAAGGACCGAAAGAUCGACCCUGGACAGCAGACCAUCAUCGGUGGCUGCAACAGAACUCGGUUUGCUAAGGCAAAGACAUACAGUUUCUGGCCUAAGAGAAGGAUUUCUCUCCAAAUUGGAUGAUUCUGCUUCUGCUUCUGCUUCUGCGAACAAUGCUGAAUUUGAUACCUUAUCUGGCAAUGGAAACAAUAGUGAAUUAGAGACUAGAGACAGGGAAAUUGCAGUAACAGACAUUCAAUAUGUGCCAGACUCUGAAACUGUUGCAAAUGGAAGCAGAAGUCAGCAAGAAUCCUUAGAACACCCGGGAUUAGAUACUCCAGUGACCCAAACCGAGAUGAAUAUCCGGGAAUUGUAUUUCGACACUGACAGACGUCAACAAGAAGCAUUACACGAUGUUGGAGGCGUUCACAUUGCAGAUGAACCCGUUUUGAACAUUGGGGCGGCCGAGCAAGACAUAAAUACUACUAAUGCUAAUGAACUGCCCCUUUCAGUUGAGAGUAUAAAUUAUGAGGGUUCUGAUGAGAUAGCUGAUGAACAAUAUGAAAUGAGAAGUGCGAGUUUUGGUCAAGAAACGGUUGUUGAUCUUACAACUGGAUUGGACGGAAACAAUAUUGAACAGUUAGACUCGCAAAAUGCACUUUCCAGUCAGUGGUUUGAUAAUACGUCUGUUAACGGUGCAGACGGGCAAGAUCAGACGCAAGAAUCUCAUGAAGACGACGUUUUGCAAGAGGCUAUCGAUAGUUGGCUAGACAUGCCUUCUGGAGAUGUUGGUGCAUUCGGAAGGAUUCAUACCUUUUAUUUUUCUGAUGAUGAUAAUGCUCAGAGUAUGGAAAUCAGAGAGCUUUUCAGCCGGAGACAUGUCUCUAGCCUGUUACGAAGUGGUUUCCGUGAGAGUCUGAACCAAGUGCUGCAGUCUCAUGUGGAAAGGCAAGCUAAUGCUUCAGGUGACUGGGAGUCGGAUAAUUCGUCCUUUUAUCCUAACCUAGCUGACCAAGAAGUGAGGCAACAAAGUGAUGACCGGGCUCUGUCUCAAUCUGAAGGUGCUGAUGUGGAUUUAUUUGCACAAACUUCUGCCCUUGCUCCUGAACCCGAGACUCUUUGGGACUUUGAGUUGCAGAGUGCAAACAAUGGCUCAAGUCAGAAUAUGGGAAUGGAGUGGGAGGUGGUGAAUGAGUUGAGGAUUGAUAUAAAUAGACUUCAGCAGAGGCUGAACAAUAUGCAGAGUAUGCUCGAACAAUGCAUGGACUUGCAGAUAGAGUUGCAACGUUCUGUGCGGCAAGAGGUCUCGGCAGCUUUGAACCGUUCAUUCCCAACACAAGGUUAACUUAUCUUAUUAAUUUAUCUCAAAUCAAGUGAUGACUAUAAUAAAUAAUAAAUUCAUUUUAUAAUUUGCAGAUGAAUUAUCAAAAGAAAAAAUGAUUCAUGAUGAAUGUCAAUGGGAUUUUGUGAGGAGAGGAAUUUGCUGCCUUUGUCAUGACGGCAAAAUCGAUUCCUUGUUGUACAGGUAAUUGAACAAUUGU